AUGGGUUCGAAGCCAUGGCUCUACCCGGCUCCGACCUAUCGUACUCUCGAGACCUAUUGGGAUACCGACGACGACGGCCCUGGUCCACGCUGCGGCCACACCCUCACCGCCGUCGCUUCCACCAAGACCCAUGGCCCACGCCUCAUACUAUUCGGUGGUGCCACCGCCAUUGAAGGCGGCGCCGCCUCCUCCGCCCCUGGCAUCAGGUUAGCGGGGGUGACCAAUUCGGUUCAUUCCUAUGAUGUUCUUACCAGGAAGUGGACUAGAAUGAGACCUGCAGGUGAGCCACCGUCUCCCAGGGCAGCUCACGCGGCAGCUGCGGUGGGCACUAUGGUUGUUUUUCAGGGUGGCAUAGGUCCUGCUGGGCAUUCUACAGACGAUCUCUACGUGCUUGAUUUAACCAACGAUAAGUUUAAAUGGCACAGAGUGGUUGUACAAGGACAAGGACCUGGGCCUCGGUAUGGCCAUGUAAUGGACUUAGUUGCUCAAAGAUAUCUUGUUACUGUCAGUGGAAACGAUGGAAAAAGAGUUCUUUCUGAUGCAUGGGCUCUGGAUACUGCCCAGAAACCUUAUGCAUGGGCAAGGCUGAACCCAGAAGGUGACAGACCUUCUGCUAGAAUGUAUGCAACAGCCAGUGCCCGCUCAGAUGGCAUGUUUUUGCUUUGUGGUGGAAGAGAUAUUUCUGGAGCGCCACUAGCAGAUGCUUAUGGACUGCUCAUGCAUAGGAAUGGUCAGUGGGAGUGGACCCUUGCACCUGGAGUGUCCCCUUCACCAAGGUAUCAACAUGCUGCGGUUUUUGUUGGUGCAAGAUUACAUGUCACAGGAGGUGCUCUUAGGGGAGGACGUGGUAUAGAAGGUGAAGGAGCUAUUGCAGUAUUGGACACUGCUGCCGGAGUUUGGCUAGACAGAAAUGGGCUUGUGACUUCCUCACGGACAGGAAAGGGACAGAAUGACUAUGAUCCUCCUUUGGAGCUUAUGCGUCGUUGUCGCCACGCUGCUGCAUCUCUUGGUGUUCGUAUAUAUAUUUAUGGAGGUCUUAAGGGAGACAUACUGCUAGAUGACUUCUUGGUUGCAGAAAAUUCAUCAUUUCAAUCUGAAAUUGGUUCGCCUGUUUUAACAUCUGAGAGAUCGCCAACUGUAACAAGUCCCAGACCGUUUCACGCAAACACAAGUACUUUUGGAACAUCACCAUCUUCGGAUGGUGAACCUGAGAGUCCCCCAUCCAGUGGUUUGAGCAUGGACAAAAAUUCUAUGGAGAAACUACGGGAGGCUUCUGCAGCCGAAGCUGAGGCAGCUAGUGCUGUUUGGCAAGCUGUGCAGGCAACAUCUGCCACUCCUGCUGAAGAAACUUCUGUUUCGGAUGAUAACUCACAUGUUGCAGAAACAUUGUCCGAUGGUAGUGACACUGAGGCAGAUGUUCGCCUUCAUCACCGAGCUGUUGUCGUUGCCAAAGAGGCUGUAGGUAACCUGGGUGGGAUGGUAAGACAGUUGUCUUUGGAUCAAUUUGAAAAUGAGAGUAGACGAAUGAUUCCAAUGAAUAACGACUUAUCACAUCCUAACAAAAAGUUCACCAGGCAGAAGUCUCCACAGGGCCUACAUAAGAAGAUUAUAUCUACAUUGCUGAGACCUCGGAACUGGAAAGCUCCUGUGAAUAGGAAGUUUUUCUUGGAUUCUUAUGAAGUGGGAGAACUUUGUUAUGCUGCUGAGCAGAUCUUUAUGCAGGAGCCAACAGUUCUUCAGCUGAAAGCCCCUGUUAAAGUAUUUGGCGAUCUUCAUGGACAGUUUGGUGAUUUAAUGCGCUUAUUUGAUGAAUAUGGAUUUCCAUCUGCUGCAGGAGACAUAACGUAUAUUGACUACUUGUUUUUGGGGGAUUAUGUUGAUCGAGGACAGCACAGCUUGGAGACCAUAACUUUGCUCCUUGCACUUAAGAUUGAGUAUCCUGACAAUGUUCACUUAAUACGUGGAAACCAUGAGGCAGCUGAUAUCAAUGCACUUUUUGGUUUUCGUAUUGAAUGCAUUGAGAGAAUGGGAGAGAAUGACGGAAUAUGGGCAUGGACACGGUUCAAUCAACUUUUCAACUAUCUCCCACUUGCUGCACUAAUUGAAAAGAAAAUUAUUUGUAUGCAUGGAGGCAUUGGAAGAUCUAUAACUUCAGUAGAACAGAUCGAGAAGCUUGAAAGACCCAUUACAAUGGAUGCUGGGUCUAUAAUCUUAAUGGAUCUGCUGUGGUCUGAUCCUACAGAAAACGAUAGUGUAGAGGGCUUGAGACCAAAUGCCAGAGGGCCUGGUCUUGUCACAUUCGGGCCUGAUCGUGUCACGGAUUUUUGUAAGAGAAACAAAUUACAACUUAUUAUAAGAGCUCAUGAAUGUGUUAUGGAUGGGUUUGAAAGAUUUGCCCAGGGACAAUUGAUCACCCUCUUUUCUGCAACUAACUAUUGUGGGACGGCAAACAAUGCUGGUGCUAUACUGGUUGUUGGCAGAGGCUUGGUUGUGGUUCCAAAAUUAAUUCAUCCUUUGCCGCCUCCUCUUCAGUCACCGGAGACAUCUCCGGAACGGGUCAUAGAGGACACAUGGAUGCAGGAGCUAAACAUUCAAAGACCGCCAACUCCUACACGUGGCCGACCACAGCCUGAUCUUGAUCGGAACUCACUUGCAUAUAUAUAG